CAGAACCUACCCGUGCCAAACCUCAACUUAUCGGGAGCGCGCGCCGCUACCUUCGUUCCCCAUGGCCGCCGCCGCCGCGGGGGCGACGCCAGCGACGGCCAGGAAGGCCCUCCUCACCACGACCACCACCCUCCUCUCCUCCUCCUCCCUCGCGCGCAGCCGCCGCGGCCUCGCCUGCUCCGCCGCGUCGGCCACCGCCCCGCGCAUCGCGCCGCAGCCGCCGGACCUGCUCCGGUGGGUGCAGCGGGAGGGAGGGUUCGUCCACCCGGCUCUCCGCGUGUCCGAUCAUCCCGAGUAUGGCCUUGGAGUGUCCGCUACGGGGGCCGAUGGUGACAUCCCCCCCGGGACCGUCCUCAUCGAUCUCCCUGGCCGCAUCCCGCUACGACUCCGCCGCCCCGCCGGCGCUGCCGACGCAGUACUGAUGCAGCUCGCCGACCAAGUCCCCGAGGAACUAUGGGCAAUGAGAUUGGGCUUGAGGUUGCUUCAAGAAAGGACAAAAUCUGAUUCAUUUUGGUGGCCAUAUAUUGCGAACCUACCAGAGACUUUUACUGUACCAAUUUUCUUUCCUGGGGAAGACAUAAAGAACUUGCAGUAUGCUCCGCUUCUCCACCAGAUCAAUAAAAGAUGCCGCUUUCUGCUCGAAUUUGAGAAAGAGGUACAACAUAAGCUUGGUACUGUGCCCUUGGCGGAUCACCCUUUUUGUGGUCAAGAUGUAAACUCAUCUUCCCUUGGAUGGGCUAUGUCAGCAGCAUCUUCUCGAGCAUUCCGUUUGCAUGGAGAAAUCCCAAUGUUGUUACCUCUCGUUGAUAUGUGUAACCAUAGUUUUAGCCCGAAUGCUAGGAUUGUCCAGGAUGGAGAUGUUGACAGCCCUGAUAUGUCAGUUAAGGUUGUUGCUGAUACACAAAUUGAUCAAAAUGCCACAGUUACACUGAACUAUGGUUGCUACCCCAAUGAUUUCUAUCUUCUUGAUUAUGGAUUUGUAGUAACAUCCAAUCCAUACGAUCAAGUGGAGCUGAGUUAUGAUGGAGCUCUUCUUGAUGCUGCUAGCAUGGCAGCAGGAGUUUCUUCCCCCAAUUUUUCAACACCAGCCAAGUGGCAACAGGAUUUCUUGUCAAAGCUAAAUUUGCAUGGAGAGGGUGCUAUUCUGAAGGUCAGCUUAGGAGGUCCUGACAUAGUAGAUGGGCGCUUAUUAGCUGCCCUACGAGUUCUUCUUGCAGCUGGUCCAGAGACUGUGCAGGAGCAUGAUCUGAAAACCUUGACGUCUCUCAACAAGAAAGCUCCCUUAGGCCCUGCCGUUGAAUCCUCUGCGCUCCGAACAGUUCUUGCACUUUGUGCCAUUGCUCUCCAACACUUCCACACCAAGAUAAUGGAGGACGAGGCUGUCCUAAAAGGAGAACCCCCUCUCACUACAGAACUGGCUGUCCAGUUUAGAUUGCAGAAGAAACUGAUGCUCGUCGACGUGAUGCAGAAUCUUAGUCGAAGAAUCAAGCUGCUAUCGCCGGAGAAAUCCACGGCGUAAGAGGAUAUUAAAGUUUUGGCAUAAAUUUGUUGUACAAUUAUUCAACUAUCAUUCUGUACCUGAUUACUGGAUAUAUAAUAAUAAUCCCCAAUCUCACCCCUUCACCAUUCA